GCACUUUUGUGCCAGUUUUGCAGACCACAGCCAUUUCUUUGAUUUAUUUGCUAACAUAAUAUUUCAUAAUAUUCAAUGAUUUAGCAUAAAAUAUAAUGUACAAUUCGUAAAAGAUUCAUUAUUUGUCACACUACUUAAAUAAUUUUUUGACAAAUUGAACGUUUUUCUGAAUGUCCAGUUGUACUUACUAUUUAUUACUAGUAUAAGAACUAAAUAGAUAAGUAACAUCAUAUGAAGUCAAAGACACAACAAUCACUCAUCAAUGAACUGUUUAUAUACUUAUAAUUUAUUUACAUCAAAUUUUUUAUAUAUUACACGAUAUGAUAAUGCACGAUAUCAAGUAAUAUACAAAUUUCAGUUAAUAACAACUAUUGGAAACAUUUGAUACUGUAUUAAUAAAACAAUUUAUCUGUAAAGGACCGUGUACGACAAAAUUUUCAUAACAGGACUAAAACUACGUGUAGAAACAUACUAGAGACGCGCGGCAAGAACAGCCUUGGGCGCACUGGGCUUCUCAGUCUGGCCAACGCAACAAAAAAAUCCCGCGCGGAGUGAGGCUGACAUACCUGUGCCAGUUAGAACUAAACAAGCCAUGGCUGUGGCAUCUCCGAACUGUGGUGCGGAACAGUUCGAUAUACCAGGGUUUAUCAAGCAGGUGAAGCAAAUGCCUGCGAUAUGGAAUACGGCUUCCAGCGACCACGGCGUCAAACACAAAAUGGCGACCGCUUGGCGUCAAGUCUGCAUUACCAGCUGGCCCGACUUCAACACGUGGUCGGCAGAUGAUAAGCGGAUUAGAUGUUUGGAGCUGCAAAAAAGAUGGAAGGACUUGCAGCAGACUUUUGUCAGAGACUAUCUCAAACAGAAACGGGCAGGAAGCAGAGAUCUGAGGAAAUCAAGGAACCAGUACUAUGAUCAGCUGGACUUCUUAGUCCCCACAAUCAAGUUUCCAGGAAAGGGAGACUCGGAGACAGAACAGAAUCCAGCCAAGAAACCCAGGCUGGAGACUUACGCAGAUACAGAUGCAGAGAGUGAAGAGGACAGACACUUCCUGUUAUCCCUGGUGUCUUUCAUGCGGGAAGUCCCUAGGAGCUCAAAGCUAGCCCUCAGGGCAGACAUGCUACAACUGAUCACCAAGUAUACAAAGACUGACCAUCCAUCUGUACCCCAGUUGGACACUACAAAUUCUCCCCAGUACUGAAAAACGUCAUACUCCAUCACUACGAACCCAUACUUAUAUUAUGGAGGCUUUGGAAGAAAAUUAAAUUGCUUAUAAAGUCUUGUCUAUUGGCUUAGAUUUGGCAAAUUUCAAAACAAGUGUUAAGAGCAAUGAAGCUAAAAUAUUGUAAAUGUAUAGUUGCAUACCAUAAAUAAUUUCAGCCCUGAUCAUGACAAGAAACUGUAAAAUACUCUGAGGUAUUUCUAAGUCACUUUUACUUUUUAAGUUCUGUUGUUUAGUAGGCUAUAGAAAUUUCCUGAACAGUACCCACCCACUCUCCUGUAUAUCUUGUGCAGGUAUUGUAUUAAUACAUAUUGUAUUUAUUGUACGACAAUUAUUUUGAAUAAACUUAUUUGUAUAAACUGUCA